AUGACGUCUGCUUAUUUCGGAGUCGCUGGUGGAGGUAAUGCUGGAGCACAAUCGGCAUAUUUUGGAGUCGGUGGAGGACCGGCUGGUGGAGCCCCUAAAUCAAAUGGAGGAGGUGGAGGUGGCGGAGCCCCACCACCAGGAGUUUCGUGUUAUUUGGGAGCUGGAGCUGGAGGACCUGCUGGAGGAGGCGGAGCACAAUCUGCCUACUUCUCUGUAACACCAACUGCCGGAGGAGCAGCACCAAUGGGUGGAGGAGGUGGAGCACCACCACCAGCUAGUUCAGGAUCAUACUUCACACCACCUGCCGCAUCUGGCGGUGGUUCUACAAUGACUGCUGUUGGUGGAGCUCCACGUGGAGCCUCAACAAUGACGGCAGUUGGAGGAGCCCCAAUGGGAGGAUCAAGCACGAUGACAGCAGUUGGAGGAGCACCAAUGGGAGGACAAUCAACGAUGACUGCUGUGGGCGGAGCUCCACGUGGAGCAUCAACCAUGACUGCCGUUGGAGGCGCUCCAAUGGGAGGUUCAAGCACAAUGACCGCAGUAGGAGGAGCUCCAAUGGGAGGGUCCAGUACAAUGACGGCUGUUGGUGGAGCUCCAAUGGGAGGACAAUCAACGAUGACUGCUAUCGGUGGAGCACCACGAGGAGCUUCUACAAUGACCGCUGUCGGAGGAGCCCCAAUGGGAGGAAGUAGCACGAUGACGGCUGUUGGAGGAGCCCCAAUGGGUGGAGGAUCGACUAUGACUGCUGUGGGCGGAGCUCCACGUGGAGCCUCAACCAUGACGGCUGUUGGAGGUGCUCCAAUGGGAGGAUCGUCAACAAUGACUGCUGUUGGAGGAGCAGGAGGGCAAUCCGCAUUCGGUGGAGCGCCAGCACCCCCAAUGCCAUCUUCUGGAGGAGGUGGUGGAGGUGGAGCCACAUCUGCCUACUUCGGAGUCAGUGGAGGAGCAAUGGGAGGAGGUGGAGCCCAAUCGGCAUACUUCGGAGUCGGUGGAGCACCAACCGGUGGUGGCGGUGGAGCCAGAUCUGGAGGAGGCGGCGGUGGUGGAAUCCCAGGACAAUCCGUGUACAUGGGAGCUGGAGGAGGUGGAGGCGGAGGUGGUGGAGCCACGUCGGCGUACUUUGCACCGAAGUAA